AUGGGUAGCACCGUGAGAAUCCUAUUAAUUGCCGCAGUGCUCCUGAUCCGCGCGUUUGGACAACAAACAUCCUUUUUGGACCAGCCUCCGAGUGAUUACUAUCGAAGAACAUCGAUGAAUGAUUGCCCUACAAGAUUCUAUUCAGAUCCAGAAAAAUUGAAUCGAACACCCUUCAUUUACAGUGGCUUUCGCGUGUACCGUGGCGAAUUCCAGCACAUGGUCGCCAUCGGAUGGGUUCGGCCCAGCGGAAACAUUGAGUAUCUUUGUGGUGGAUCGCUGAUAACCGAUGACUUCAUACUGACUGCCGCCCACUGUACGGUUGACCACGAUAAUGUUGCCCCGAACACGGUCCGAAUCGGAGACACUGACCUCGGUAGCGAAGAGGACGACGAAUAUGCACAACAGGUCGGAAUCGGGCGCAUCAUU